AUGACUUCGUAGCUCGUGCGUCACCACGCCGCCAGCUGAUCGGAGACUGGAGCCGGUGUGUGCUGGGCGCUGGGAAGAGACAGAGCGGUCGGCCGUGCGGAGAGGACGCAGUGAUUUUGCUCCCCUAUCCUCAGCAACCCCCACACCCAGCAUCAGGACCCUGUGCUUCCCGCACCCUCACCUGGCUGAGCCGCAGUAGUUCUUCAGUGGCAAGCUUUAUGUCCUGACCCAGCUAAAGCUGCCAGUUGAAGAACUGUUGCCCUCUGCCCCUGGCUUCGAGGAGGAAGAGGAGGAGUGGCUUCUUUGCCUAUCAUCUGGAAGGUGACAGAACUGGGGUUGGGAAGGGCUCACAGCUGGGGUUAUGGUUUUAGAGAAGGGAAACUCUGGUGCUCUGGGGAGCCCUUACCCACACUGGCCCAGCAAAAGGUUCAGGUUAAAGUCCCUGACUAAAUCGGGGACUAGGUGGCUCCACCUCCCCAUGUUACUUGAUCUUUGUGUCAAUGGGAAGAAACAGAAGGAAAGUCUGUCUACCUGUCUAACAAGACUUCCUCAUAGGCCUGCCUUUCUUAUCUCUCCCCACCCCCCAACUUUCCCUUCACACAAGCUCCAAAAGGAAAUGUACUCACGGGAAAGGUGACGACAAAAUUCUGAUCUAAAUAGUCAUCUGUGCAUUUACUUUUCUCUGUAUUUUUUAGAUUGGUCCAGAUUUUGGUUUUGGGGGUACUUACCUCUAUGGGAGUCUUACACCUGUCUCUUUCUCCUCCUGUGCAAUGGGGAAUCCCAUAGAUGAGUAGGCGGGAGGGCAUCAGAAGUCCACCUGUGCUGACUCAGAGCCGAGGCUCCUCUCUUCCUGUGGGUGGAAUCCAAACAGCUCCUCAUCCUAACUGUUGUUCCUCCUCCACGCCCUGACUAACCCAGCUCCCGGGAUUGGGGUGGAGGGAAAGGUUAGAGUUAAGACCAAUGCAAGGAGCUAGUGGGAGGCUGGACCUAUGCUGGCUGCUCGUCAUACAAGGGUGACCCAAGGUUUCCCCUCCACUCAAAGACAGACCACAGCUCCUGAUUGGGUCCUAGCAACUGCUGCCAUUUAUUUCCUGCCUUUGCUUUCCAGGAUAGAGAGACUCAGCUCAGAGCUGUGCAGGGAAGGAACUGUCCCCUGCAGCCAUCAGGGGAAGCAGGUUCGAUGACAGGAGUCCCUUCUGCUGCCACUAGCCCUGAUGCAUUCUCAUGCUUGGGCUUGGGCUCUGAUUGUGGUUCACCUUUGGCCUAGUCUCCCUAGCAGAAGAUGGGUUCAGGGACUACAGGAAGCCGUUUGUUCUGUUUGGCAGGAGGAGGAGUUCUAGCCCAGUCUCCAGUUAUGAGAAACUGAAAGUCAUAGGGGAGACUAGAUCACACAACCCAACCCUGCUGCAGCCUGAGAUGAGGGGUAGGACGGGUGAGGGACCGCAGCAGAGGGGGUGGGGAGGCCAAGUCUGUUCCUGCCCUGCAACAAAGCCUGCUCUGUCCCUCGACAUGGCUUUCUCCCCCCUCACUUCACUGGCCACAGUGUGUCCUCCAGCACUGGCUUCAUGGCUCUGCUAUCUUCAUCCAACAUGGAGCCUCAGAGGUGAGGAAGGGCAGCUUGGAAACAGAGGCAGGCAGAAGACCAGUGAACCGGACAUUGGUCAGAGGGGCACAUAGAAGCCUGGAGAACACCAGGGAAGAGAACAGCCAACCUCAGUGAAAGACAAGCUUACCGCCAUCUCCUCUCCAGACCUACCUCCCUUGGAGAUGAAGAGCCAUAAUAGAGCCGUAAUAAAGUAUGGUCCCAGCUCUUCUCUAUACUGCAGUUUCUGUAUGAGCCACCUCUGAAAGGAAAUACACAGUAAAUUCAAAGAGGGAUUCAAAUGUGUAGCACUAUGAAAAAACGUAUUUUGGGCUGAGGCUGUAGCUCAGUUGGUAGAAUGCUUGCUUAGCAUGCCUAAAGCCUUGGUUCUGUCUUCUGCGUUGUCUAAAACUGGGCGUGGUGGCACAGGCCUAUAAUCCCAGUCACUGGGAUCCUACAUUCAAGGCCAGACUCUGCUACACAAAGAGUUCUGAGCCAGCCUGGAUUACCUGAAACUCUGUCUCAAAAAAAAAAAAAAACCAACAAACAAACAAACAAAAGGUCUUUGUUAGUAAUUAAAAGAAGGCAGAGCCAGCUGAACGCACUUUUUCCUGAUCAUGGUAGACAAAUGAAAGCCAGAAGAAACUCCUGUGCAUUGUGGGUAGCGGUAUCAAACACUGGAAGAGAUGUCUUUUGGCCUUGUAAUUUUGUGCUUAAGAACUGUAUCUUAAAAUCAGGACUUGGUUAUAAAAUGUUCAUCUAAGGGUUGCAGUAGAGAAAAAAUAGAAAGCUACUGCUUAUUUGGAAAUCCAUUCCUUUUCUGCUGUAAUGAAAAUUUGCAGGGGGGGAUUGCUUAAGUGAGUUAUAUUCAUCCCGAUGGUAGAGUAAUGCAUGGCCAUCCAAAGUCAUGUAGAAGAAAAAUUGACUGGAAAGAAAAAUGCUCUUUGAAUAUUAAAAAAAUUAUUAAAAGUGUGAGUUUUGUGACCUUAAUUUUGUUUUUAAACAAUCUGUUUUUAAAAUAUGAGUGCAUACUUGUAAUACAUAGAUUAAGAAGAGACUGAAAGUAGACCCAAAACGUUAAGAGUGGUUAUUUUCGGAUGGUGGGAUAGAGCAAUUGUGAAUUUCCCCCUUGUUUUUUCUCAUUCUAUGUUUUCUAUACUAAUUGUAUAUUGCUUUUGUAUGUUAAAUAAAUUGCAAAAGAUAAAUGUAAGUUUUAAGUUUUUACUCUUUUAUGUGUAUGAGUGUUUAGCCGGCAUGCAUGUAUGUGCACCCUUCUCAUGCCUGGUGCUUCCAGGAGCCAUGAGAGGGCUUAGAAACUCUUGGACCUGGAGUUAGGCUGCUGUGAGCUACCACGUGGGUGGUGGGACUCAAACAUAGGUCCUCUACAAGAGCAGCCAGUGCUGAGCCACAAAUCUCUUCACCCCCUCUAUGUAAUGUUUAAAAGAUUUACAUUAUGUGCCUAUGUGGGGGUAUGGGCACCUGAGUGUGGGUGUCUGCAGAGCCAGAAGAGGGCGUGACAUCUCCAGAGCUGGAGUUACAUGCUGUUUUGAGCCCUCUGAUAUGGAUGCUGGGAAUUGAACACCGGUCCUCUAGAAGAGCCACAAAUGUUCCCGGCCACUAGAGCCCUCUCUCCAAGUCCUCGAUGUAAUUUUUUUAAAAUUUUGGAGAAUUGGGUGUAGGAGGAUGGGUUGUAUCUAGUGCCCUAAUGAAAAUGUUUGCUUGGGGUACCUACUGUUUCUUGAACGUGUGUGGGGGUGGGGCGGGUGCUGGGAAUCACACCCAGGGCCUUCCCUGUACAAGCUAGGCAGGUGCCCCUGCCAUACUGAAGUCAGCCCUGUGAGCUUCAUUCUUUAGUUCUUUGAAUCCACCCACUCGCUCUGUAUACAGGAAGAGUUCCUCCGACUUCUGGCUGUCAGCCAGCUAAGGAGGUGUGGCUGAGAGUAAGAAAGAAGGAAAAUGUUCCAAACCAGUCACUCUUCAGGGAAUUCAGGGUUGGAGAGAAUGUUCCUCUUAAGGCCAAACGUCUAGGGUUGCUACCGCGGGUGUUGAUCUCUUUUGAGUUGGCCUUUUUCUUGAGGCUUGGGGAGGGGAGGAGAAUAGUAUGUGGUAGGGAUUUCCUGUGUCUCCCCUGCCUAGUAAAGAUCCCCAGCGUCUGGGGGCAGAAACUCGGGAAGGGAUCCUCCCAAUGGACUGCUCCAAAACGGGACACCCCCGUUUGGGGAGUACUAUGUAAGGGAAUUACAGAUGGGCAGAGGGCACCUCUGCCUAAUUGGCCAUGCUCUCAGGUAAAGGUGAGGUGGUGCAAGGUUUGGCCCUUGGGGCUUGGGUGCGCUGCCCGUCUACCUUUACGACUGGAUAAGGAUGACCAGUAGGUGAGAGAAGAGGAAACCAGAGCAGGUGAAAGUUAGUGGGCGGAGCCCCAUACCUGUCAGGUAAGGCUAGAUAAAUUGCUUUCUGGAACUCUGAGGGGUUUGGAGACUCGUGGCGUUGGAAAAGAUUUCUAGUGUUGUGCAGGAAAGCCUCUGAGCUCGGUUGCCAAACUUGAUGCCUGGGAGCCCCCAAACCGCAAUCCCCCAAGCAGGGGCAGGACGCCACCGCUUCUAUGGCUCCACGGGUGGUGGCCCCACAGCUGCACCAAUCACUUGCCCAGCCGAGGGAUAGGGGCGUGGACAAGCUAGGAAAAGUUACAACAGGUUGGAAAGGCAAGACAGGCGAGGAAGCCCCCGGCAACAGCCAGAUCCCGACUCCGCCAGGGGCCCUUCGAGGUCCCGGACACCAGGCACGGGGAUCAAAGACACAAACUGAAGCCUAGCUGAUCUGCCAGACCAUGGCAUCCUGGGAACUCCUUGUGGUUGGUGCCUCCUUCGCGGCAUUUCGGGGGCUGCACUGGGGACUGCAGCUACUGCCCACCCCGGAAACUGCUCGAGACCUUUGGAUGUGGCGGAACAUUUUCGUUUCGCUGAUGCACAGCCUUCUAUCUGGAGCAGGGGCGCUGGUCGGGCUAUGGCUGUAUCCUCAGAUGGUCAUUGACCCGAUUCAUGGCCACCCAUCUUGGGCAGUGGUCCUAGUAGCAGUGUCAGUAGGUUAUUUCCUGGCGGAUGGAGCUGACAUGCUGUGGAACCAGAACUUGGCCCAGGCCUGGGACCUUCUCUGUCACCAUUUGGUGGUAGUGAGUUGCCUCAGCACUGCGGUUCUGUCUGGCCACUUUGUGGGCUUCGCUGUGGUGUCUCUACUUCUGGAGCUGAACUCCAUCUGUUUGCAUGUGCGGAAACUUCUGCUACUUUCCCAUAAGGCCUCAUCCUUGGCCUUCAGAGUAAUCAGCUGGGCCACCCUGACCACGCUGGCCCUCUUCCGCCUUCUACCUCUAGGAUGGAUGAGUCUGUGGUUGUUUCGGCAGCGCCACCGGGUGUCUCUUGCUCUGGUCAUCCUUGGUGCAACUGGGCUGGUCAUUGUGGGAUCCAUGAGCAUCUCACUGGGUAUCCGCAUUCUGAUCAGGGAUGUCUUGCAGUCUCGACACCACCCAUUUAUCUCUGUGCACAAGGAGACUAAGACAUAUGACGGAGAGACAGUCGCCAGGAACAAUUCCACUCUCAGUCUGAAAAACUAGAGAAGUGGAGGUUUCCUCUUCAGUCAGCCCUGAGACUGGGGCCAGGAAGAGGAGAUGGUAGCCUUUGCUGCACAGUCCGCUGUGUAGCAAGGCCCAGACUGUAUUAGCAGUAUCUCAAGACCUUUUCCAGAUGACUCACUUCUCUCCCCUUCCCAAGACCCAAGAAGGUUUCAUGGAAACCUAAAUUACUGCUCACUGAAUUCCUUUGCUCCAGCGUAAGGACAGACCAUGGGAUAGGAGGUUCUUCUGGAAUCAGAAAGACCUGGCAUGGAGGGCCAUUUAUGAUCAAAUUCUGACUUCAUUUAUGAUCAAAUUCUGACAGUGAGAUAAGAGCACAAGAAACAUUAUCUGCUGCCAGGAAGGAUGCACGUGGCAGAUGCCAGCAACAGACAGAAGCUAGGCCAAUGUAAUUGUUGCUGAUACCUUCGAUCUUCUAGGUCAGACUGCAAGAACUGGGAUUGUACUCAGCCCUACCCUACUGCAAACAGCCUUUCUAAUACUUGUGUACCUUCUGACCUAAAGAAAUAUAAUUCUUAUAUGAACAUGGUCUGUCUCCUAAGGCAGCACAGAAGCCAGCAGCCACAGAAAAGACUCAAGUGCCCAGUGUGAUCACCUAGCACUAAACUUUUCAAGGCGCUGAGCCGCCUUGAGCACUGAGACAGAAGCACAGGAGAGGAGAGGAGCCCCCUCCUCCCUCCAGAGGGGGCAGGAUAGCCGACUGACCC